GGCCUAAGCUCGGAUCCAGUGCUGGAGAAGCGCUCACGCCCGAGCUGCAGCCCAACCGUUUCAAGACCACCAGUUUUCUGGAAAAGUUAGAGCAAGAGGGGAGAAGAAAAGAAAGAAACUAGCCAAGUGGCUCGGUUGUCGCCUCAGCGUGGGCUCUACCGGCUCUUCAGGACUUGUUCCAGCAAUCUGUUAAAACAUGGUGGAUUACUAUGAAGUUCUAGGGGUGCAGAGGCAUGCCUCGGCCGAGGAUAUCAAAAAGGCAUACCGGAAACUGGCAUUAAAGUGGCAUCCAGAUAAAAACCCUGAGAAUAAAGAAGAAGCAGAGAGAAAAUUCAAACAGGUAGCUGAGGCGUACGAGGUGUUGUCAGAUGCUAAAAAACGGGACAUCUAUGACAAAUAUGGCAAAGAAGGAUUAAAUGGUGGAGGAGGAGGUGGAAGUCAUUUUGACAGUCCAUUUGAGUUCGGCUUUACAUUCCGGAACCCAGAUGAUGUCUUCAGGGAAUUUUUUGGUGGAAGGGACCCAUUUUCAUUCGACUUUUUUGAAGACCCAUUUGAUGACUUUUUUGGGAACCGAAGGGGUCCUCGAGGAAGCAGAAACCGAGGUGCAGGCUCCUUUUUCUCUGCCUUCAGUGGAUUUCCAUCAUUUGGAGGGGGAUUUCCUUCAUUUGAUGCAGGAUUUACUUCAUUUGGGUCACUGGGUCAUGGAGGCCUCACUUCCUCCUUCUCCUCCACGUCAUUUGGCGGUGGUGGGAUGGGCAACUUCAAGUCCAUAUCAACUUCCACUAAAAUAGUUAACGGCAGGAAAAUAACUACAAAGAGAAUUGUUGAGAAUGGUCAGGAAAGAGUAGAAGUUGAAGAAGACGGCCAGCUAAAGUCCUUGACAAUAAAUGGUGUGGCGGACGCCGAGGCCCUCGCCGAGGAAUGCCUGCGCAGAGGCCAGCACUCGCUGCCCGCCACGUCCACCGCCGCCGCCCGCCUGCCCCGGCCGGGCCGCGCCGGCCCCGGGGCCAGACUCCCGCCUCACCCCGGCCUGGAGGACAGCGAGGACCGAGACAACCCCAUGACCUCAGCAGGGGUCAAAGAAGGUGGCAAGAGGAAGAAGCAGAAGCAGAAAGAGGAGUCGAAGAAGAAGAAGCCGACCAAAGGGAAUCACUAGGCUGGACUUGCUGCAGUCGCCAGCCCCGCCCCGCCCGCGCCGUGCGCCCGCGCCCGCGCCCGCAGCAGCGUCUGCUCGCUUAGUGGGACUGUGAACACACGCUCACGGAUCGGUAGGAUCAGGGCACCGAGACAGAGGUGACAAUCGCGGGUGGCCUGCCAGCUAUUUGGGACACAGCCUCGACUUUGUUACUCUGCUUUUCUCCAGCACUAAAUCCGUGAGCGUUUUCCUCUUGAAUUGCAAGGAUCUGUCUUGUUCUUUCCAGCUGAGAUAUUGUAGUGGUAGAAGUUCAGUAAGCCGGGCCCGACUCCACACGGCACACGCUCCUUCCCGGUGGUGGCACGCCGUUUGCAAUUGGAAUACGAUUAGGUACCCUGUAACUUAAGAGAAACUUACACUGCCGGUACUUUUUUGCCCACAGAAAUCUGACAGCGCACUGUCGGCCAUCUUAGUGGCUUCACAGAUAAGACCCUUCCUGUCAUUGUCAUCCUCUCCAAGUCCAAAUUUGACUGCAAGUCUUGCUUAAUUUUUGCUAAAUCUCAUCUUUCUCGGAUCUAUAAUUGUUCUUUUUUAGUAAGAAGGUUUUGCUCAGCGAAUACCAUCUGCAGCGUUUACAGGUCAAGCUUAGGCUGGGGAAAACCAAGCUGGUUAUUGACACACAUGUACUCCCCUUACACAUAUACAUACAUGUGCAAAAUAACCGGCCACCUGGCAGAAGCUUGACCUGAGUAGUUAGAGUUUGCACACAUGGGUCCCUGAGGCAGCGCUUCCUCCUCGCGCCGUCCACCGCUGUCACCGCACCCGCAUGCUGCUGCGGCCUCCCCCCCCUUCCGACGGGACGCUGGCACCCGCCGGCCCCCUGCCUGCCUGCCCCCGCUCCCGCGCCCCUCCCCCAGCCCCGAGGACCCGGGUCGCUCUGCCUGUCCCCCGCCCCCGGGGAAGAGGUGGCCGUGUUUGGAGUGGGGGUGUGUGGCGCGUCCCCGUGUGCGCAGCCGUGUGCCCGGCCUGGGUGGGACGCGGGGCGGGCCCUCGUGGGCCGCAUUGGUAUCUCAUGCUUGUGGAAAAUGUGACCUUCAAGGCACAGCGUGUUUUACUGCUUCCUACAAAUAAAGCGUAUGCACUGUUGA